AUGCCGGAUCUCCUCAGUCUGGAAACGUUCCUUGCUCGCGACGAGGAUGACAAGGACCCUUUAUCAUUCAGGGUGCUAUGCCUCGUGGAAUGCAGAAUGAAUCUUCUGCUUCUCUUCUUCACCUCUUUGCAUGGACUAUGGCAUGUUCUCACUUACAAUCAAUGGAGUGCUAAUUCUACAUUGAGAUGCUUCAUUUCAAAACUACGAGUUUGGGCUAUCAAGCGUUAUUUCAUCCACGGGCAUUUCUAUUGGCAUUUGCAUUUCCAGAGCGAGUUGCUUGUGCUUGACGUGUGCACAAUGGAGUUCUCUGCUGUCGACCUGCCACCUGAACAACUUGGGAAUAGCAGUUUUCUCAUUGUGGAGACGCUGGAAGGAACGCUCGGGAUGCUCACUCGAGGCUUUGAUGAGGAUAGUGAUGAUGACCGAUAUUGGCUCACAUAUUCCAUUAUGAGAAAUAACCAAUGGCACUUUGAGAAGAUCAUCUGGUUGCCGGUAAAGCGUGCGAUUCUGGUUGGUGUCACUGGGGUAUACCUGAUCAUAGAAGCGGUGUACACCACAUCUUCACACGAUGAGCGGAAGUCUGGAUACUUUUCAGUGGACUUGAAGAUAUUGCAGGUGGAGUUGUUUGCUGCACCUAGCAAACCCAUCUAUCCUUGUUGA